AUGGAUCCUCCUGGCUUCUCUAACCAUUGGGGGUAUCCACCACCGUCCGAGUGGUAUUACCCCGAGACCCCCUGGAGAAAUCAAGGAGGAGAAGACUAUGGAUUCGGGUUCCAGUACCAACCCCCUUACUACGGUGAACAAUCAGACCCCUGGGCAUAUCAAGAACAACCUCCUUAUCAAGAAGACUUUCCUCCACAACCAGAAGGGCCAUUGGAGCUGGAGUUACCCAUGGCGGCCUUCACGGGCCACUCUGCAGAGCCAUGCUACACUUCACUAGAAGAUCCGAACAAACAAUUAAGGCUUCUCGUGGAGCAGUUAGCUCGAGACAUUGAGGGAUCAUGCUCCAAGAUGGAUCUUCAAAUCCAAGCCCUUGACCCUUCCGAUCCCUCAUUUCUCCAUGAAAUGGAGGAGACUGUUCAGUGCUCAGCGAAGCAAACAGAGUGGGUGGCGAAAGUUUGCUCACAUCCUGCUCAAGAUCACCUUUCUGCUACCACGCAAGAAGAGGUGGAGAAUGACAAAGGCUACAGAGACGUUGAGUAG